AUGGCGACGCGGGGCGAGUGGCGAGUGCUCCUCCAGAGCUGCGGCAGCGUCCGAUCCCUGAAACCCCUCCACGCCGCCGUACUCCGCCGCCGCCCAUCCGACCUCCCCCUCUCCGCCGCCGCCGCCUCCCGCUACGCGGCGCUCGGCCGCCCCGACCUCGCCCUUUCCCUCGCCACCUCCCUCCUCUACCCAACUCCUCCCCCCUCCUCCUCCUCCUCCUCCUCCGACGACGACCACGAUGAUCCGUUCCCAUGGAACCUCCUCCUCCGCGCCCUCUCCGACGCCGGCGAGCACCGCCGCGCCCUCUCCCUCUACCGCCUCAUGCCCCACCUCCUCCCCGACCGCUUCACCUUCCCCCCGCUCCUCAAGUCCUGCGCCCGCCUCCGCGACGUCGCCGAGGGCGCCGCGCUCCACCGCCACGCCGCCGCGCUCGGCCUCCACGCCGACGCCUUCGUCGCCAACUCCCUCGUCGCCAUGUACGGCCACUGCGGCGACGCGGGCGCCGCGCGGGAGGUGUUCGACGGAAUGCGCGAGCGAAGCGUGGUCUCUUGGACCGCGAUGAUCGGGGCGCUGGCGCAGAGCGGGUUCCGCUCCGAGGCGCUCGGAAUGUUCCGGAAGAUGCUGGAGGAGAGAGGAGUUCGGCCGAACAGGGCUACGUUCUUGAACGCGAUGCCGUGCGUCGCUUCUGGUGAAGAGGCCGAUGAAUUGUACGAGCUUAUUGUGAGGCAGGGUCUCGAUUCCGAUUUGUCUAUCCGGAAUGCAAUGGUGGGGAUGCUUGCAAGGUGCGGGAGGACCCAGUUUGCUCGAAAGGUGUUUGAUGAAAUCUCUGAGAAGGAUUUAGUAUCGUGGACUUCGAUGAUUGAGGCAUAUCGACAGGCUGAUAUGUAUGCCGAUGCUUUAAACAUUUUCAAAAAGAUGAAGCAACUCGGUAUUCCGCUAGACGCUGUUUUGGUUCUCGCCAUCAUCCGUGCGUGUUCUAAUUCCAUGCUAGCCAGCAUUAGGCAUGCGAAAUUCAUUCACGGGGUUGUGAUUAGGGUCUCAUUGCAUAAGGAUUUGAUGGUUGAAACCGGUUUGGUCGAUCUUUAUGUGAAAAGGGGGAGCCUUGUAGAUGCUCGUAAGAUAUUCGAUCGAAUGAAGGAAAGGAAUUUGGUAACAUGGAGCACCAUGAUAUCUGGGUAUGGGAUGCACGGGCACGGCAAAGAUGCUCUCCAGCUCUUUGAAAAUAUGAAAGCUUUGUUGGUUCCAGAUCACAUUGUGUUCGUCUCCGUUCUCUCAGCAUGUAGCCACGCCGGGCUGGUUGAUGAAGGAAAGCGAUGCUUCAAUUCCAUGGCGUCUGAAUUUGGGCUUGCUCCGCGAACUGAACACUAUGCUUGUAUGGUAGAUAUCUUGGGGCGGGCCGGGAAAUUAAACGAAGCUCGAGAAUUUAUCGAGAAAAUGCCAAUCAAGCCGGACUCUAGUGUGUGGGGUUCGUUGCUCGGUGCUUGUAGAAUGUACCCAAAUGCAGAGAUAGCAGAAUUGGCUGCAAAUCAACUGUUUAAAUUGGACCCUCAAAACUCAGGCCGUUAUGUUUUACUCUCGAACGUAUACACUUCUCUUGGCAAGAUUGAAGAAGCCCAUCGGAUUCGGGCACUGAUGAGAAGUCAAGGAGUUAAAAAAACAGCCGGUUACACUGUUAUAGAAGUGAAGAACAAGGUUUACAAGUUCUUAGUUGGAGAUGAGAGGAACCCGCAGUCAGAUUUGAUUUAUAGAGAGCUAGAGAGAUUGAUGGAUAGGAUUCGCAGGAUGGGAUAUGUUCCUAAUACAAAUUUCGCAUUGCACGAUGUCGAGGAAGAGACUAAGGAGAAGUCGCUGUACGUACACAGCGAGAAGCUAGCGGUUGUCUUCGGGCUUAUUAAUUCGGGCCCUGGAUGUGUGAUUAGGAUCCACAAGAACUUGAGAGUUUGCGGAGAUUGUCAUAGUGCCACCAAGUUCAUAUCGGAAGUUACAGGGAGGGACAUUGUGGUGAGAGAUUCUCAUAGAUUUCACCAUUUUAGUGGCGGUGUAUGCUCUUGCGGGGAUUAUUGGUGA